AUGCCAUAUAGACGAAUAACGAGCAUAGAUGUAGCAUCAAUCCCACAACCUGGUUAUAAUCUAGCUGAAUCCAUACAUUUUAGUCCAGAUGAUAACAUAUUAACUUAUAUACGUUCACCAUGUCCACCAUUAAUACGGAAACUUUAUGCAUAUGAUCUUCGAAAAGAUAAAGAAUUUGUUUUUACUGAAAUGGAAAACAAUGAUGAAGCUAUCGAAGAUAAUCUUUCUCAAGAACAAUUUCAACGUGAACGUCAACAUCAGUUAAUACCUUAUAUAUCUCGUUAUCAAUGGGCAAAAGAUAAAACUCAAUCAAUAAUGCUUAUUCCCAUGGGCAGCGAUCUUUAUGUUUAUAAUAAAAAACAAUUUCAUCUGUUAGUCAAUGGAUCUCAUCAAGCACCUAUUCUUGAUCCCAAAUUGUCACCUGAUGGAAAACUAGUUGCUUAUGUUCAAGAUUGUGAACUCUAUUGUAUAUCAACUGCAUCAUCAAUGCCUUUAGCUGUACCACGUCAAUUAACAUUUGAUGCUCGUAACUAUCCAAAUAAAACAAAUGGUCUUGCAGAAUUUAUUGCGCAAGAAGAAAUGGAUCGCAAUGAUGGUUUUUGGUGGUCAGAUGAUUCACGUUUUAUUGCAUUUACUCAAGUUGAUGAGUCAAAUGUACCAGUUUUUCGUAUUUCACAUUCAGGUUCUAGUGAUCCUGAUCAUGUUGAAGAACAUCGAUACCCGUUCGCUGGUAAAGCUAAUGUUCAAGUAACUGUUGGUAUAAUUGAUGUUACAAUUGAAAAUAAUCAACAACAACCGAUUAUACAUUGGGUUGAUUUAAGUAGAUUCAAUGAUUAUUAUGUAGCACGUGUCGAUUUCUUUCCUGAUAAUAGCCUUGCUUUACAAAUUGAAAAUCGUCAACAAACUAAAUUACAAUUAUAUCAAUAUGAUUUUUUACAUCAAAAACCAUUAAAACUAUUAAUUGAAGAAAUAAGUGAAACAUGGAUUAAUUUACAUGAUUUAUUUUAUACAUUAAAAAAAACUCCAACACAAUUUAUAUGGGCUAGUGAACGAACUGGUUAUAUGCAUUUAGAAUUACAUGAUUAUGAUAGUGGAAAAUUAAUAAAAACAUUAACAGACGGUGAUUGGGUUGUACAACGUAUUGCUGAUAUUGAUGAAAUUAAUUCAAUAAUUUAUUUUGUCGCUAAUCGUGAAACACCUCUUGAAACUCAUCUUUAUAGUGCUAAUUAUAAUGAUGAUAUACCUAAAAUAGAUCGCAUAACACAAGAAUCUGGUUGUCAUGUUGUUUAUUGUUUUAAUCAAACAUAUCAAUAUUGUAUAACACAAUGGAAUUCAAUAGAUCAAUAUCCAAUAAUAAGAAUAUUAGAUGUUAAAAAAAAAGAAAUUAUUAAAACUUUAGAUCAUUUAUACCAAGAUGUAUUACGAACAAUUGAAGAAUUUCAUUUAGUUAAACCAAAAUUAUUUCCUAUAUUAAAUAGAAAUAAUGAUACACUUUAUUGUGCACUCUAUACUCCAGAUAAUGAACAAGAAAUAUAUCAAAGACCAUAUCCAACACUUGUAUCAGUUUAUGGUGGACCACAUCUUCAACGUGUUGUAAAUUCUUGGUCACUUCGAACUGAUAUGCGUUGUCAACGUUUAGUUGAAUCCGGUUAUGUUGUAUUAUGUUUAGAUAAUCGUGGCAGUUCAAAUCGAGGUGUUGCAUUUGAAAGUUCUAUUAGACAUGACAUGGGACACAUAGAAUUAGAUGAUCAAAUUGAUGGUAUACAAUAUCUUAUCAAACAAGGUAUUACUGAUGAAACACGUGUUGGUAUAUAUGGUUGGUCUUAUGGUGGAUACAUGUCAGCUAUGGCAUUAGUUCGUGCAAAUCACAUUUUUAAAUUAGGUAUUGCCGGUGCACCAGUUACACAUUGGGAUGGAUAUGAUACUCAUUAUACUGAAAGAUAUAUGGGUACACCAGAGGAGAAUCCACAGGGAUAUGAAAUUUCAAGUGUACUGUAUUAUGUAAAUAAUUUGAAAGGACAUUUAAUGAUAAUUCAUGGUUUAAUUGAUGAGAAUGUUCAUUUUCGUCAUUCAGCUCGUCUUGUAAAUGCACUUAUUAAAGCUAAUAAACCAUAUGAACUAAUAGUAUUUCCAGAUGAACGACAUAUGCCAAGAAAAUUUAAUGAACGUUAUUUUAUGGAAGAACGUAUAUUUGAAUUUAUUCGAAAAUAUUUAUAA